UUUCGCGAUUUUUUUAUCAUGUUUGUAGGUCCAAAACAACAACACCAGGGCAAUAUGAGAAAUUGGCUGAAAUGAUGGCAGCCAAAAGAGAUAUAGCGCACAGUUUUCAACAGCGACCCAAAGAAGAAGUGCAGGCGUUUUGGAACGAGGUAGCAACUUCCCUAAAUGCAUUAGGUCCCCCAUUUAAGGACUACAAUGCAUGGAGAAAGGUGUGGAUUGACUGGAAAUGGUACAUAAAACGCGAGCUAUCAAAUAACAAAAAAGAGAUGAUGAGCACCGGUGGAGGUCAAUGCCGUUUGCAGCGCAUAACCCCACUUGAAGAGCAAGUCAUAGAAUUGACGGGCUUAAUAACGUGCACAAGUGGAAUUAGAGGUGCGCUGGAUUUUGGAGAUAGUGCUCAGGUCCAACACGAUAUCCAAACUGAAAUGGACAUUUCUGCUUCUUCGGUGGAUCCAGAUGGUUUACCUUCAACCAGUCGAGCAAGCAGCCAACACCGAGAAAGAAGGAGAGAAGAGGAAACUGAAAAACUGAAACUGAGAAAAGGUUACUGAAAGAACAAAUUGAACUUCAAAAGGAAUUUUAUGCCGAGACUAAAAAAUUCAAUGAAGCUGCCAUGAAUAGAAUGGAGGAAAUGGCGACACAUUUGCGGCGCAUGAACCGUUCCCUUGAAAAGGUGGCGGACACUGCAGCAAGGCAACUGCAGGAAGAGCAACGGCACAACAAAAUUAAAGAAGAACUUUAAAGCGGAAAAUUGAGAUUAAGAUGGAGAUGUUAAGGCUGGAGCAUCCAGACCAUAAUCUUGAUUAGCAACUUCAAACACGUUGAAGAACUUGAUUGUUAAACUUGUACCUAAAAUUGUUAAUUUUUAUUUUGUUUUUUUGUUUUUAUUAAAUACAUAUUACCCACCGUGAUAUAUAAGCAUAAAUCAUAAAUUGUGAAGUGCACUGAAUACCAUUUAUUUUUGC